AUCUGCUGCCGCUUUUUUCUCUCUCCUCUCUAAUGGAGUUGGCCUGCAUGCAUUAAAAGAGCUUUGUCUCUCGUUAUUUCUUUCCUUCUCACUUCAAAAUUUUGGGUGAGAACUCGCUCUCUGGCCAAAGGACGUUGCUCCUCCGCCUUGCUCUGGCGCCGGGUCAUCUUCGGUCUCUGCCCCAAAGCUCGUUGCUUCUUUGGCCUGCGUCGUUGUGUUCCUUCUCCGCCCUGCUCCGGUGUGGUUUCCUUGCGCAAGACGGCCAGGAAUGUUCUUGCUGUAAGUCGCAGACUUCAAGCGACAAGAAGUUCCAGCUCUCUCCGAUUCGGCUUCGAUUCUGCUACGUUCGCGGCUCGUACCAAGAAGGGAAGAAAACCAGAAAGAAUCCAGAAAGGGGGAAAAUGGCGGAAGUCGUUCUGUGUGCGGCUUCCACAGUGGCGGGGUGCCUGGUGGCUCCGGUCGAUCGUCUUUGCGGCUAUGUGAUAUCCUACGACAGCCACGUCCGCGAACUUGAGGCCAAAGUUGCGGAGUUGGGCAACGCGAGGCAAGAGGUUCAGAAGUCCAUCGAUUAUGCUCAAAACAACGUGAAGCCUAUCGGAGCCUAUGUCAAUAAAUGGGUGGAAGAUGUGGACAAGCACGCCGAGGAGGCGCGCCGUGCUCUGGAUGACUACCGAAGAGCUAAUGAAACUUGCUUCUAUGGGUGGCUUCCCAACCUGAAGGUGCGAUAUCGUCUCGGCAGGGAGGCGAGGAGGAAAGCCGAAUGCAUCCAGGGACUCAUUGAUCGGAAGCCAUCCGGGGAGGUCUACGACGAUCCUCCUCCAGGGCUCGUUGAUGGUACUUCCAAUGUGAUUUCCUCGGCCGGUGAUCGAGGCGACACUACCUUCGAUUCUCGAGCUUCCAUCUUAGAGGACAUAAUGAAUGCUCUGUAUGACGAGGAGCACAAAGUGAUUGGGGUCUACGGGCCUGGUGGCGUGGGGAAGACUACGCUGUUGGAGGAAGUCAACAAGAAGCUCAGGAAAGAGGGGAGACCGUUCAACAUGAUCGUCAAAGCAAGAGUCUCACAGACUCCGGACUUGAAUGAUAUCCAAUACCAAAUCGCUGACGACUUGAAUCUGAAUCUGAAGGACAAGCAGAGCCAACAGGGAAGAAGAGAUCUUUUGUUUCAGAGAUUGCAAAAGGAUCCGAAUGAGAAGGUUCUCAUAAUAUUGGAUGAUCUAUGGAAAGAAUUUGAUCUGAAGGAGGUUGGAAUUCCUUCGGGAGAUGAGAGCAGGGGAUGCAAGUUGCUGCUAACAUCGAGAUUUAAAGAUGUUCUGGAGCAAAUGAAGUGUGACACUCCCAUCUUUCAUCUUGAAGGUUUAAAGGACAAAGAAGCAUUCGGGCUAUUUGAGAAGACGGUCGGUGACAGGCUCAAAGACGAUGAGGAAUUGAAAGCAAUAGCACCUAAAGUCGUCAAGAAGCUUGCAGGUUUGCCUCUUCUGAUUAUCUCCGUCGCGUGUAGCUUGAAAGAUCGGGAUGUGGCCGCAUGGAGAAUCGCUUUGAAAAAAAUAGACCGGUCAAAAAUGGAAAGUAUAGUGAAGUUGAGUUACGGCCAUUUGAAGAGUGAGGACACCAAGAUUUUAUUCUUGCUCUGUGGUCUUAUUGGCGGGACUAUUUGCGUCGAAAUCUUGCUGGUUUUAGGCAUGGGUUUAGGCUUGUUUAAGGAAUUUGGAAGGACGAUACAAGAUUCAAGAGAUGGAUUGAAUACUAUGCUUGAUGAACUCCGUUCUGUUUGUUUGUUGCUGGAUGGUGGCGAUGACAAGAACGAUGUAACCAUACAUGAUCUUUACAGCGAGGUGGUCGUCUCAAAUGCAUUUAGUGGUCAGGAUUCCUUAAUUAUCAACAACGAUUAUGGCUCAUGGCCAAAAGAAAAGCUUGAGAAAUGUUGGGCAUGCCUAGUUAAUGUUGGCAGCGAUAGGCUUGCUGAACUAAUGCUGGGUCGGUUUCGCCACGUGAAGAUACUUAUGUUGUCAGAACAAUAUGAUAUGGGAGAUUGCAGUAUAAUGGAUUUCACAUACAUGGGGGAGCUUCGAGUCCUCUGUCUUGGUUCCAUGUGUAUCAAAAGUUUACCUUCCUCGAUGGAAUUCCUCGGGAAUCUCCAGUCAUUAAGCAUAAAUUGCCAUGUGGAGGAUGUGGCAAAUCUUGGCAAGCUCAAAGCAUUGCAGAUUCUCAGCAUCACAGAGUCUAAAAUUUCUAGGUUGCCUAAAGAAAUCGGGAAACUGACAAAUCUGAGAUCGUUGAAUCUGAGCUGCUGCUCUGAGCUUCAGAUAAUCGAGCUUGGAACAUUAAAAGGCUUAAUCAACUUGGAAGAGUUACAUAUGUAUAGAAGCUUUGAUCAGUGGAUGGGUAAGCAUGGAAAAUCAUCAAAAUCAUGUAAUGCUAGGCUUGUUGAGUUGAAGAGCCUGACAAAUCUAGCAUCUCUAAAAAUAUCGAUUCCUGAUCCCAUCAUACUCUUGGAGGCUGGUGACCUACCAUUGGAGAACCUGGACAAAUUUUGGAUCCAGAUAGGAGAUGCUAGGUGGAGGGAUUAUGAAGGUUUGACAACCAUGAAGCUCAAUUUGGAAGGGUGCGAUAGUAUUCUUCAAAGAAAAUGGGUUAAGAAAAAUCUGCAGAAGACUCAACACUUAUAUUUAUGCAAGUGGAGUGAGUUCAAAGAGAGCCCUCGCGAAUUGUGCACCCAAGGAUUCCAAGAAGUGAAGUAUCUUGGCAUUGAAAACAGCCCCUCAAUCAAGUACAUUGCCGAUUCAUCCAAAGACCUCCCUCUCACUGCUUUUGGAAAGUUAGAGUCUUUUUUCCUUGAAGAUCUUAUUAAUUUGGAGAAGAUAUGCCAUGGCCCCAUCGCGCCAGAGAGCUUCAACAAAUUGAAAGCCGUGAGGGUCAAACAGUGCAACAAAUUGAAAUACUUGUGGUGUCUUUCAGAUGUGCAAAGACUUGUACAGUUGGAAGAGAUCGAAGUGUCGGAUUGUGACUCAAUGCAAUCCAUUGUCACACAUCAUGCGGGAGAAGAUAUAGUUUCUACCGAUAACAAAGUUGAGUUGCCUAAUGUACGCCGUAUGGUAUUGGAUAACUUACCAAAGAUGCCAGAGAGCUUCAACAAAUUGAAAGCCGUGAGGGUCAAACAGUGCAACAAAUUGAAAUACCUGUGGUGUCUUUCAUAUGUGCAAAGACUUGUACAGUUGGAAGAGAUUGAAGUGUCGGAUUGUGACUCAAUGCAAUCCAUUGUCACACAUCAUGCAGGAGAAGAUAUAGUUUCUACCAAUAACAAAGUUGAGUUGCCUAAUGUACGUCGUAUGGUAUUGGAUAACUUACCGAAGAUGACAGGCUUUUGUGAUACAUCAAUUCAGGUUUCAUUGCCUCACCUAGAAUCCCCGAUAAUGGUUGGACUCCUUGGCCUAGAAGAGAUACUCUAUAGUCAACCUUCGUUAAAAUACAACAAUCUAACAUAUCUAAUGAUAAAAAUGUCUAAAUCCACGUCGAAGAGUAUUCUGAAAUCAGAUUGGAUAUUGAAGCUGCCGAAUUUGCAAUCAUUGCGCAUUGACAGCGCUCCAUUAGCAGAAGUAGUUUUUGAGUUGGAGGAGCUAAAAGUCACUAGAGAUGUCAAGAUUCUCUCUCGGCUAAUUGAGUUGACAUUAAUGUGGUUACCAAACCUGCGGCACAUGUGGAUAUGGGAUGUAAAAUUACAAGGAAUAUCAAUACUUCGAAACCUGAGGAAGCUUUUUGUCAAUGAAACGGGGCUAUCAUUUCUCUUUCCGGUGUCUGUGGCUAUAUGUUUCAGAGAAAUUAGAGAAAUUAAAGUGUUGAGCUGUCCAAAUAUGAAGGCGGUGAUUGUGGAUGAAGGAAGAAAUGAAGCAACAUAUGAUAUUAUAGAGUUCCCACAAUUGGAGUGUCUAUCUAUAAGGCAAUGUCCCAUGAAGAAAUUCUUCUCAUAUCCUUGUGGAAAGAAAGAGCCAGUGACCACUACUUCAGAUUCACAAGAUGCUAACUCCGAUUCCUUCUUUGAUCGAAAGGUUACAAUUCCUAAUAUAACAAGUCUAAAUAUUGAUGGCCUUUUGUGCGAAGAGCUAUGGAACAAACAAAUUCCCACCGAUUCCUUUCAGAAGUUGGAAUCUCUUGAAUUGAGGAACUGUGACAACCUCCAACAUAUUGCCCCACCCCAAAUGUGGAAGGUGCUCCAACGUUGUCUCAAGAAUCUUGUAGUGAUGUCAUGCCAUUUGAUUGAGAUCAUAUACGAAGGACAUGGGAUGGAUAUAGAGGGUGGUGAAUUGAGGAAGCUGAUUUUGCGUGAUCUCAAAAACAUAAAGCACAUUUGGCAGUCCGAAGGUCUCCCAAAUGUCCCGUUCCCAAACUUGAUAGAUGUAGAGGCCAGGAGGUGCCCUCAUUUGGAAAUGCUUUUCACUACCUUCACGGCGAAAAUUCUCGGGCAAAUCCAAGAGCUGGUGGUGGAGUCAUGUGAAGAUAUGAAACUAAUUGCUGGUCAUGAAAAAGGGGAAGAAGGGACCGGCACGACAGUGACCUUCUCCAAGUUAACUGUUCUUAGACUUUUCAAGUUACCGAAUUUCAGGGGCUUCUUACAUGAGAAAUACUCUCAGAAAUUCUCGUGCCCUAAGGACUUCCCAUCCUUGGAACUCUAUAGUAUAGAAAGCUGUGGAGAAGAGUUGGACCAAGCCUGCGGUGACUGGAGAGAACACGAAGUGGAACAACGAGAACUUAGCCUGCAAUCACCUGAUGUAUUCCUUCAAUAUUUCAUUGCUUUGGUUUGGCUUUCUAUUCCUUUGAAUCGAAAAUCAGUUUGCAUUAGCUAA